UUUUUUUCAAUCCGACUCCAAGCUUCCGGACGCGGAGAAGCAGCGCCGCCGCCGAAUUUAAAGAGACAGGCGAUAGUUAUUUAAAACACGAUAAACGGCAACCAUUGUCCCCCCCCUCUUCCGAUGCGUCUCGACUCGUACGUUUCGACGAUGUUCCCCCAAAGUCUCGUCGAGUGAAGCAGCAGCAGCAGCAGCUCGUCUCGCCCUCCGGCUGUCCACUUCCCCGCGGUUCCGUUAGCGACGAGCCAGGCUGGGCUCCGACUGGCAGGCUGGCUCCCCCGACCGAGAGGACGCUUUGUCGGCUAGCCGAGCACCGGAGCUACACCGCAGCCUAAACUCUCUCCCGCACGCCCCGCUCUCGUGUGGCUCGAUGGCGAAGAUCCAGGCGCACAGCGCGGCCAAGCAAAUCAACCAAAUCCCGGACAAGCCUUACGUUAUAACCCAGAAGCAAGUGCAGCAGCAGCACUUCCAGAAGCUGAAGGUGGAAGAUGCCUUGUCAUACCUGGACCAGGUCAAGAUCCGCUUCGCCAACGACCCCGGCAUAUACAACAAGUUCCUCGACAUCAUGAAGGAGUUCAAGUCGCAGAGGUGCUCAUUCUUGGCCUCACCUUCAGCUUCCUCAGCAAGGCACAUGUCUUCUCAAAGCAUUGACACUCCGGGUGUAAUAAACAGAGUGUCACAACUUUUCCACGGGCACCCCGACCUCGUUUUGGGCUUCAAUGCCUUCCUACCACCCGGCUAUCGGAUAGAGGUCCCAAAGAAUGGAAUAGCCUUCCUUCAGUCGCCAUUCUCCACACAGGUGUCACCCGGGCAACAGGGAAAAAGCGUCACCCCCCCCUCCGCGGUGACAUCGACCUCGGGUAGUGCGUCCGCCACCAACUCCGAAGCUGGACCCGCCCAAACAAGCGACGUCAAGGCGGCCUCCUCAGAGUCAUUAUCGUCCUCAGCCUCUUCUUCGGUCGGACCGCCGGAAAAUCCCAGCAGACUGUCCCUUCCCUUGGCAAGCAGAGAGAGUCAGAAUCCGGCCGCCACCUCAUCCGUGUCCCCGCCCGCCUCAGAGACCAGCCCGGUGGAGUUUGACAGUGCCAUCAGCUAUGUGAACAAGAUCAAAAACCGCUUCCUGGACCACCCAGAGAUCUACAGAGCCUUCCUGGAAAUUCUUCAUACAUAUCAGAAGGAGCAGCUGGAGGUGAAGGAGAGCCGAGGUAGUCGAGGUACCAGCGGGAUGACUGAAGAUGAGGUCUUUUCAAAAGUUGCCAGUCUUUUCAAGGGACAAGAGGACCUGCUGGCCGAGUUUGGCCAAUUCUUACCCGACGCAAAGAGAUCGCUGUUCACCGGGAACUCGCUGACGGGGGCGAAAGACCAGCUGAAAAGACCAGACGACGACGACGUGAUUAGCAAGCAGAACAAGAAGAGGCCCAGACCCAUACUACUGCCCCACAUGUCCCCACUUCUCAAGAAAAAGAUGAAGUAUUCCUGUACCAAAGAUCAGUCGAUCGCGUCAGUCGGCAAACACGGAGUCUUACGAGAAUUCUCCUUCUUUGACAAGGUUCGCCGCCUGUUUAAAAGCCAGGAAGUGUACGAGAACUUCCUGCGCUGCAUUGCCUUGUUCAACCAGGAGGUGGUGUCGGGAGCUGAGCUGCUCCAGCUGGUCACGCCUUUCCUGGGGAAGUUUCCUGAAGUGUACACGCAGUUCAAGUCCUUUCUGGGAGACAAAGAGCUCUCUCAUGCUGUGUCGGGGCUGUCGGAUCGCUACAUGGAAGGAGGCGGAGGCAGAGAGGUGGACUAUGCCUCCUGCAAACGCUUGGGUUCCAGCUACAGAGCGCUCCCAAAGACCUACCAGCAGCCCAAAUGCAGCGGCCGCACCGCCUUGUGCAAGGAGGUGUUAAAUGACACAUGGGUGUCGUUCCCGUCCUGGUCGGAGGACUCCACCUUUGUCAGCUCCAAGAAGACUCCCUAUGAGGAGCAGCUCCACCGCUGUGAGGAUGAGAGAUUUGAGUUGGACGUGGUCUUGGAGACCAACCUCGCCACCAUCCGAGUGCUGGAGAGCGUCCAGAAGAAGCUGUCGCGGCUUUCGCCCGAGGACCAGGACCGCUUCCGAUUGGACGACUGCCUGGGCGGCACCUCCGAGGUCAUCCAGCGCCGGGCCGUCUACCGGAUCUAUGGAGACAAGGCCCCUGAGAUCAUUGAGGGGCUGAAGAGGAGUCCUGCCACGGCGGUGCCUGUGGUCCUCAAGAGGUUGAAGGCCAAGGAAGAGGAAUGGAGAGAGGCCCAGCAGGGAUUUAACAAGAUCUGGAGGGAGCAGUAUGAGAAGGCCUACCUCAAGUCCCUGGACCACCAAGGAGUCAACUUCAAACAGAACGACAUGAAGGCCCUGCGCUCCAAAAGCCUCCUCAACGAGAUCGAGAGUGUCUACGAUGAGCGACAGGAGCAGAGCACGGAAGAAGGCGGUGUGGGCCAGCAGGGCCGCAACGGUUCCAGUGUGGCCACGACCAGCGAGCCGCACAUGGUCUUCACGUACGAGGACAAACAAAUCUUGGAGGACGCCGCUUCGCUCAUCAUCUACCACGUCAAACGCCAGCCCACCAUCCACAAAGACGACAAGGACCACAUCAAGCGCAUCAUCCAGCACUUUGUUCCCGACCUGUUCUUCUCACGCCGCGGCGAGCUCAGUGACACCGAAGAAUGGACGGACGAGGAGGCCGAGCCGGAGGAGGGAGGAGAACGAGGGGCGGCAGCUGCAACAUCAAUAGCAGCGGCGGCGGUGACGACGACGACGACGACGACAACAACAUCAGGAGGAAAUGCUACCACUUCUAACGCAUCAGCAGCUACCAGUAGUCUGCCCCAACCACAACCAGCCCAAGUCCAGCCCCAAAGCCAGCAGCAAAUAAGCAGCGAGUCCCGACGGAGACGCGGCAGCCCGUCCCAACCAGCAGACACAGAAUCCUCCAGCACCCCAGGCAGCACGGUCCAAACUGCAACCACCCCCAGCUCCGCCCCGGCAUCCACAUCCACGCCUGUAGAGACCAGUUCGGGUGCAACCGCGGAGAAAGUGGACCUGCGUGACCCUGAAGCAGAGCACCAGAAGGAGCUGGACGGCGUCUAUAAUUUGUUCUUUGUCAACAAUAACUGGUAUUUCUUCCUGCGACUGCACCAGACUCUGUGCUCGCGCCUGCUGCGGGUUUACCGGCAGGCCGAGCGACAGCUGCUGGAUCACCGAGCCGAGCAGAGCAGGGAGCGGCUGCUGGUGGCCGAAGGGAGACGGGAAAAGGCAUGUGACCUCGCCAUGGAGCUGCGCCUCAAACAGCCCAGUGAGGUGGAGCUGGAGGAGUACUAUCCAGCCUUCCUGGACAUGGUGCGCAGCCUGCUGGACGGCAAUCUGGAUUCCACCCAGUACGAGGACACCCUGCGUGAGAUGUUCACCAUCCACGCCUACAUCGGCUUCACCAUCGACAAGGUCAUCCACAACAUCAUCAGACAGCUGCAGCACCUGGUGAGCGACGAGGUGUGUCUGCAGGUGGUGGAGGUCUAUCUGGCCGAGAGGAAGAGGGGGGCCGCCGGGGGGAACCUCUCGUCGCAGUGUGUACGCGCCGCCUGGGAGACCAGCUACCAGUGGAAGGCUGAGCGAGCCAUGGCUGAAGAGAACUGCUUCAAGGUCAUGUUUCUUCAAAACAAGGGCGACGUGACGAUGACUGUGGAGCUGUUGGACACCGAGGAGGCCCAGGCUGAUGACCCCUUAGAUGUUCAGUGCUUGUCCACCUACAUGGAACAGUUUGUUGGAACCGAGUCCAGUCUGUGUUCGCAAGCGGACGGCUACUUUUUCAAACCUGUCUUUCUUCCCAGGAACCUGCGUCGAUUCCGCCGCUGGCAGGUGCGGCAGGUGGAGGCCAUGCGCUGCAGGCGAGAAUGGCAGCGGCAGCUGGGCGUGGAAAACGCCGGCAGCCUGGACUGUCGCUUCAAACUCAACACUCACAAGAUGGUGUUCGUCAUGAACUCUGAGGACUACAUGUACCGCAGGGGGGCGCUGGUCAAGGCCAGGAAGUCCCAGAACCGCGUGGCGGCGAGCCAACACGAGCGCUUCGACAAGUGGCACCGGGGCUGGCGGGCCGAGCACGUGGCGACCUCGGCCGAGCGCGGCGUGCAGAAGUGGCUGAUGGGCGAGGAGGAGGAGGACAUGAUCCCCUGCAAGACCACCUGCCUCUCCGCCCAGCUCAAAGGCCAGACGGUCAACAGAUACCAAGUUCAUUACAGCGGUAGCAAAGCCCCCGCCUCGCCUUAGGAACACACCCACACCCCCGCACACACCCACACCCACACCCAGGUAAAUGCAUGGACAUCCAUCCAGUAAACAGUGCAGUACUUGUAUACUUCUUGUAUACGUGGGCCCGCAUCUUCACUCUCUCCGCAGCGAGUGCGUGAUCAUGUUGGACAGAACGGACCACCAGGACAGACAAAGUCAUAAACUUUUGUGGCCCCGCCUCCUCCUCCUGGCGCUCAAAGUCGAGAUUGAUCACCGUUGAUCAGGUGACAUCAUGGAAAUGCUUUCAGAAAUGUGAAUGUCUGUUUUUGUUUUUUUUUGUUUUUUUUAUAAUUCUUAUUCUCAUCAAGUGUAGUUUUUAGCUGGUAAAGCCAGAGAGCCUUCUGCUUGUUGGCUUGCUUCCAUGCGUCUUUCUACCAGGAGAUGUGAGUACCUACCUUUUUUCUUUUGUCACUCAGUCCUGCAUAUAUACAUAUAUUUCUAUUUUAUAUAUGCAUUUACAUCCAUCUAAAGAUCAUGUCUUUUUUUUUAGUGUUUGCUCCCCCCCCCCCCCUCAUCUCCUCCCCCCCACUCUUUAUAUUGUAGCUAAACAUGUGUGAUGAACAUGUUCAUCACCAAGGCAACCAGGCGAUUGGUUUAAUACUGAUGAGAAAUUAUGUAUCAAUAUCUUGAUUUCACUGAAUGUGUUUUUUUUUUGUUUGUUUUUGGCAUACUGACAUUGAAAAUAAAAGGCAAAAAUAUCAGUGUUAAAAUAGAAUGUAUAACAUUUAUCCUGUAUCAGUUAUCACAGAAUAAACAACCUAGUUGUCGCAUUCUUAGAUGUUGACGGACA